GCUGAUUCUCUUACCGAGGAGCAAGUCUCCGAGUUCAAGGAGGCCUUCUCCCUCUUCGACAAGGACGGUGAUGGCCAAAUCACUACCAAGGAGCUGGGUACCGUCAUGCGGUCCCUCGGCCAGAACCCUUCCGAGUCAGAGCUUCAGGACAUGAUCAACGAGGUUGACGCUGACAACAACGGCACCAUCGACUUCCCCGAGUUCCUCACCAUGAUGGCCCGGAAAAUGAAGGACACUGACUCUGAGGAGGAGAUCCGUGAGGCUUUCAAGGUGUUUGACCGCGACAACAAUGGCUUCAUCUCGGCUGCUGAGCUGCGUCACGUUAUGACCUCGAUCGGCGAAAAGCUUACCGAUGACGAGGUUGACGAGAUGAUUCGCGAGGCUGACCAGGACGGCGAUGGCCGCAUUGACUACAACGAGUUUGUGCAGCUCAUGAUGCAGAAAUAA